AUGGCUGCCGAAAAGCUCAGAGAUUUGAGUCAGCCGAUUGAUGUUCCUUUACUCGACGCCACUGUUGCUGCCUUCUAUGGCACCGGAUCUAAGGAAGAGAGAGCUGCCGCAGAUCAUAUUUUGCGGGACUUGCAAAACAAUCCUGAUAUGUGGCUUCAAGUGGUUCACAUCCUGUCGAGCACUAAAGAGUUGAAUACAAAAUUUUUCGCUUUGCAGGUCCUGGAAGGUGUCAUUAAAUACAGAUGGAAUGCCUUGCCUGUUGAGCAACGAGAUGGGAUGAAAAACUACAUUUCUGAUGUUAUUGUAACGCUCUCAAGUGAUGAGGCCUCAUUUCGAUCUGAAAGACUCUAUGUCAACAAAUUGAACAUUAUAUUGGUUCAGAUUUUGAAGCAUGAGUGGCCAGCUCGGUGGCGAAGUUUCAUCCCUGAUUUAGUUGCUGCUGCAAAAACGAGUGUCACUAUUUGUGAAAAUUGCAUGGCUAUAUUGAAGCUUUUAAGCGAAGAGGUCUUUGAUUUCUCAAGGGGCGAAAUGACUCAGCAGAAGAUCAAAGAACUUAAACAAUCUUUGAACAGCGAAUUCCAACUUAUUCACGAGCUAUGCUUGUAUGUUCUUUCUGCAUCUCAAAGAGUUGAACUCAUCAGAGCUACAUUGGCCACAUUGCAUGCCUUUCUUUCAUGGAUUCCGCUGGGCUAUAUAUUUGUGUCACCAUUGUUGGAAACACUUCUCAAAUUCUUUCCUGUGCCUGAUUAUCGUAAUCUUGCCCUCCAAUGUUUGACUGAGGUUGCUGCCCUAAAUUUUGGUGAUGUUUACGACGCACAAUAUGUUGAGAUGUACAACGUAUUCGUUGGCCAACUGCAGACCAUUCUGCCGCUGAACAUAAAUAUACCCGAAGCUUAUGCAAUUGGUAGCACUGAGGAUCAGGCUUUUAUUCAGAAUUUGGCAAUGUUUUUCACAUCAUUCUUCAAGUUUCAUAUCCGGGUCUUAGAGCCAGAAAACGUCGGUUCUUUGUUACUUGGACUUGAAUAUCUCAUUAAUAUCUCAUACGUGGAUGACACAGAAGUUUUUAAGGUUUGUUUAGAUUACUGGAACUCAUUAGUUUUGGAGCUGUUUGAGGCACACCACAACUCGGACAAUCCAGCUGUAACUGCUACUAUGAUGGGACUGCAGAUGCCAAUGAUUCCGGGGGUAAUUGAUGGCCUCGGAACGCAGUUGAUUCAGAAGAGACGACAGCUUUAUGCUGAGCCGAUGUCAAAGUUGAGGUCACUCAUGAUAUCUAGAAUGGCUAAACCUGAGGAGGUUUUGAUCGUAGAAGAUGAGAAUGGAAAUAUUGUUCGUGAAACCAUGAAGGACAAUGAUGUUCUUGUGCAAUACAAGAGCAUGCGAGAGACACUGAUAUAUUUAUCUCAUCUUGAUCACGAAGACACUGAAAAGCAGAUGUUAAAAAAGUUGAGUAAGCAGCUCAAUGGUGAUGACUGGACGUGGAACAACCUUAAUACUUUAUGCUGGGCCAUAGGAUCUAUAUCUGGAUCAAUGUUGGAGGAGCAGGAAAAUCGGUUUCUUGUGAUGGUGAUUCGUGACUUGUUAAACCUUUGUGAAAUUACGAAAGGCAAAGACAACAAAGCUGUGAUUGCCAGUAACAUAAUGUACGUAGUUGGUCAAUAUCCAAGAUUCUUGAGGGCUCAUUGGAAGUUUUUGAAAACAGUUGUAAAUAAGUUAUUUGAGUUCAUGCACGAGACACAUCCUGGAGUUCAGGACAUGGCCUGUGACACUUUCUUGAAAAUUGUUCAGAAAUGCAAGAGAAAAUUUGUCAUUGUGCAACUUGGAGAAAGCGAACCUUUUGUGUCUGAACUUUUGACUACACUUCCAACAACAAUUGUCGAUCUUGAGCCACAUCAAAUUCAUACAUUUUAUGAAUCUGUUGGUCACAUGAUUCAAGCUGAACCCGACCCUCAGAAAAGGGAUGAAUAUUUGCAGCGAUUGAUGGAGCUUCCUAAUCAAAAAUGGAAUGAAAUCAUAGGGCAAGCCCGUCAUAGUGUAGAUUUCUUGAAAGAUCAAGGGGUUAUAAAGGCGGUGCUCAAUAUUUUGCAGACAAAUACCAGUGUUGCCAGCUCGCUUGGGACGUAUUUCUUGUCUCAGAUUUCUCUAAUCUAUCUGGACAUGCUCAAUGUGUAUAGAAUGUAUAGUGAGCUCAUAUCUACCAGCAUUGCACAAGGAGGGCCUUAUGCUUCCAAGACAUCUAUUGUGAAACUUCUGCGAUCAGUAAAGAGGGAAACACUUAAACUCAUUGAGACCUUUUUAGAUAAGGCUGAAGAUCAGCCACAGAUCGGAAAGCAAUUUGUUCCCCCAAUGAUGGACCCUAUACUAGGUGACUAUGCCCGGAAUCUGCCUGAUGCUAGAGAGUCAGAAGUUCUCUCUCUUUUUGCUACAAUCAUUAACAAGUACAAAGGUGCAAUGAUAGAAGAUGUUCCUCGGAUAUUCGAAGCGGUUUUCCAGUGUACCCUGGAGAUGAUUACUAAGAACUUUGAAGAUUAUCCCGAACAUCGCCUCAAGUUUUUCUCGUUGCUUCGUGCCAUUGCUACGCACUGUUUUCAUGCUCUGAUUCGUUUGUCAAGUGAGCAACUUAAACUUGUAAUGGAUUCUAUUAUUUGGGCCUUCCGUCAUACUGAAAGGAAUAUUGCUGAAACUGGAUUGAUUCUUCUAUUAGAGAUGCUCAAGAACUUCCAGGCCUCUGAGUUCUGCAAUCAAUUCUACCGUAUAUAUUUUUUGAUGAUUGAGCAAGAGAUAUUUGCGGUUUUAACUGACACAUUUCAUAAGCCUGGGUUCAAAUUACAUGUUUUAGUUCUGCAGCAUCUGUUUUGUCUGGUAGAGUCAGGUUUGUUAACAGAGCCUUUGUGGGACGCCUCCACAGUUUCUUACCCGUAUUCAAAUAAUGGAAUGUUUGUGCGUGAAUAUACCAUUAAACUUUUGAGUUCAUCGUUUCCAAACAUGACUGCAGCAGAGGUUGCACAAUUUGUGAACGGGCUUUUUGAAUCUAGGACUGAACUCUCCAAAUUUAAGCACCACAUAAGAGACUUCCUUGUGCAAUCAAAAGAAUUUUCUGCUCAGGACAACAAGGAUCUUUAUGCGGAAGAAGCUGCUGUGCAACUAGAAAAGGAGAGACAGCGGAUGAGGUCCAUUCCAGGGUUGAUUGCACCAAAUGAGAUCCAAGACGAGAUGGUGGACUCAUAG